UCCCUCUUUUUCACCCCUGUGGUUAUAAUCUAUAACCAAGACUUCUCUCUCCCCGCCCUCAGCUACCGUAAUUUGCCAGGGAAAUCGAAGCGGGGCGGAGAGGGCUGUUCGGAGAGGCGCUCCGGGCUAUAGAGCGCUCUCAGGACGGGAUUCCUUUCCAUGCAGCAGCUGGGUGGGCGCAUUUGGGGCACUGAACGAGGCGAAACCUCUCGGGCGAUUCGCUCCCCCAUCCGGGAUGGUCCCAGCCAUGCCAAAGCCUGGCAACGCCCAGUCUGCCCUUCUGCGAGGGGGGGCAGACACUUGCACUCCCCCGGGGCAGUAAAGGUAAACAAGUCUGCUGGCCCCGGGAAGACUGAACAAGCUUAUUGCAGCUUUAGCCGUGGUGGGCACCAGCAGAUGCCUGGUGCACAGGGCGCCUAGCGAGCGGUCCCCCUUCCCGGGAAACCCUGCAGCAGCAGGAGCAGCAUGGAGUGGGAAUUCAACUUGCUGCUCUACCUGGCGCUGUUUUUCUUUUUGCUCUUCCUGCUCUUCCUCCUGCUCUUCGGAGUCAUCAAGCAGCUGAAGAACUCCGUGGCCAGCACGGGCGCGCUGCAGCCCGGACGCCCCUCGCUGCGGGAGCCCUGGGGCUUUUGCCGCGAGCAAACGCUGUGAGGAGGGAGCCCGGCCGGGUAGGAGAGGACGACGCGCCCCUCUGCCUCUAGAGGGCGCCACUGGGAUGCGCGGCUAGAACAUCAGCACCUAAUUCACGGUUUGGACCUUUUGGAAAGGAGGGCCAAGGAGAGCACCUAGAUGGACCUGCGAUGUGGUAAUGGAACAGAAUGCCGUAUUGCUUGUUCCCGGGAGAAAAUGAGACUGUGUUCUAUGGAAACAGCCAGUCCAGUCAAAAAGGCAGCUGUCCUGGGAGAUUAGACAAGUAGCCAAUAAGGGCACAUGUUUCACAUCAAAAGUCAUUGUGUUUUCGUGAAGAUAUGCAAUAGGUUUGAAAAUGCUGGUCAUGCUCUGUUUCAGACUGUUUUUCCUCCCUAUUCCUCCUUAGAAAUCUGGCCCACUCAUAAAUAGCAUUUCUCCUUGAGAACGUGUCCAUGACAGUGGCAGAACGACCAACCUCUCUUCAGGAUCCAGCAUAAACAGGAAUGGAAAUUCAUACUGCAGUAACCUGUUUCACUUGAUAUUCAUUCCUCCUUCCUGCUCUCAAUUUGUUUCUUUGUUUUGCAAAUGAAAUUUGUGCUCUCUUGUGAGUUUUAUGUAUUUCUGGGAAAAAGAACGCCUUGAAAAGAAACAGCACUUGUAACAGCAGUAAAGAGUUCUGACCUUCACUACUGAUAAUGAAAAUAAAUUCUUUUCAAAUCUUUAUUCAGAGAGACACUGGAACAUUAAGUGAUGCGGAGCUUACAACAUUUGUCAGAAAUUUUAAAACUGCAGGACUGUAGUGCCCCAUGUACCACCCAAUCAGAUACUCUAAGUGUAAUUGCAUACAGCAGUUUUUUAUGAUUGUCUAAAUAUAAAAAACCACUUGCGGGAAUCCAGCACAUUCUGAAUUACUUGACAUGCCAUCCUAAGCAGUAUCACACAGUUCUAAAUCAAUUAAAAAUAGACACAGAAUGGUGUAGCUCUUCUUAGGAGUGCACUGCUGCUUAGGAGUUCACAUAGAUGAAAUGGUGGGGUUAUUAAUAUGUAAGAAGUAAACAUUAACAUGUCUAUUAUUCCAACAGUGAUGAUUUUUGUGUUCCUAUAAGGGAAAUGUAUUGUAAAUUAACAUAUUUAAGGUCUGGGUGUAUGAAAAACUGUUGGAAGGAUGCAAAUCUCCUAUCUUUGAAUUCAACAGGAAAAACCUUCUCUUUCUGAUGUCUGAGCCCAAAUAUUGUGCUGCUGUUAUGGAAUUAAUUCAAGAUCUGUGAAUAAUAAUAAAUGGUGCCUCAUUUGUGCAGAAGUGAAUAAGAAGUCAAACUGAUAUUAAAAACAUUUUCAAAUUUCA